GUUGAGUUUUUACUUUCAUGGCGUAGUUCGUGUUUUCCAAGAUGAUCCUUUUUAUAUCAGUUUAUCAAAAUGUACAGCUCGUUGUAUUAGACCAUAUUUUUAUACGUUUAUUUUUUUAUGAUGCCAAGUGAUUUGGACUAUUUUGGUGACCCUGCCUAUUUUUUUCGUAGUAUGUCUGAAAUGACCUCGGAUACAUCAAUAGUUACUUCUGUGUCAGAUGGUGAAAUUUCUCAAGAUAAACACAAAGUUGUUAAAACAAGUGAUUCAGGUGCCUCAUUUUGUACAUCAACCGUUGCAGAAUCUAAAUUGAAAAGAACGUUCAACCUAACUAGGAAUGUCCUGACAGGGACUAGAAUCAGUAAACGAAAGAUCAAACACAAGCAACCGUUCUCCCUCUUCUCAGGUUUUCAAGAAAGCAACCCAGUUAUUGACGAGAAUAAUAAGAAUACUGAAAAUGAAAAUUUGAGGAACCAAGCAACAACGAAAAACAAUCAGAAGCAAACAGGUUCCUUACUCUGCGGCUUCCCAGAGAAUUGUUCUGUCAUCGAUGAGAACAUGAAGAACUCAGAAAAUGGAGGCCACAAAUUGUUUAGAGCACCUUCGUGGAACAAAUUCGUUUCCAAACUCCUUCAGCGAGUAUCCUCUCAUAUCAACAACCAGAAAACAAACUUAUGUACGAGUUAUGAGUAUGGAAUACGACGGAAGAGUCCUGCAUCCUUAUCAUCUAAUGACUUACGUGUUCCGCCACCGCGUCCAAGUGUUUUUGCAAAUGGUGACAAAGUGCCGGGUGUGAUAGGACUUCGAAAUCAUGGUAAUACGUGUUUUAUAAAUGCAGUGUUACAGUGUUUAAGUCAUACUGAUAUUCUAGCUGAAUACUUCGUUUUAGACCAAUAUAAAAUAGAUUUGUCUCGAAGGAACAAAUUAAAUUCUAAAAAAUACGGCACCAAAGGUGAAGUUACGGAACAGUUAGCUCUAUUAUUAAAAGCAAUUUGGUCUUGUCAGUAUGACCCAGAAAUAUCUAACAAAUUUAAAACGAUUGUUGACAAGUAUGCCAGUCAAUAUCGCGGUAAUAACCAGCAUGAUGCUCAGGAAUUUUUAUUGUGGCUUCUUGAUAAAGUGCAUGAGGAUCUGAACACUGCAACCAAGAAGAAGUAUAAAAUGAUCAAGAACUCCUUCGGUCGGCCGGACGACGUGGUGGCUGCGGAGACGCUGGCGAACCACGUGCGCUGCAACUCGAGCUUCGUCCACGCCGUCUUCCAGGCCCAAUUCCGCUCCUCCCUAACGUGCCCCCGCUGCAAGCGACAGUCCAACACCUUCGACCCCUUCCUCUGCGUCUCCGUCCCCGUCCCCCAAAACCAGUUCCGGCCCCUCUACGUCACCGUCGUCUACACCUCCCAGCAGCCCCGACAGGUGAAAAUCGGCCUAUCUUUGCCUUCUCAAACAGAUGUACACGAGCUUAGAACAUUGUUGUCUUCAGAUACUGCGGUUUCCGAGGAAAACAUGCUACUAUUGGAAAUAAAUGAUCUCGGGUUUCAUAAUACGUUUAUUGAUUCUAUGUCUAUCAAUGAUAUCAAAGAGUCUGACAAACUUUACUGUAUGGAGUUACCACAGUUGAAAGAAGUGCCCCAAGAAGCAACCUCUUACUUGCUCUUAUGUUGGGUCAAUGUCCUUGUUGUCGAAGAUGAAUGUUCGAGGUUUGGCAGCCCGUUCACAAUGCAGAUCUGUCGGGAAACAUCUUACACAGACCUGCAGAAACUCUUGUUGAAGGAAAUGUCAUGGAUGCUGCAUGAUGAUGUUCUAACAACAGAACAAGAUGUCCCACUUUUUCGUAUACGACUAGCCAGUCACCCUGAACCAGAUGCAUAUCUGGAUCCAACUCUAGAUCAUCCUCUCUACUCCGAGUUCAUCGACCAUGUUUUGAACCUUUGCGAGGCCAAUACAGAACCUGCCCACAUCAAAUUAGUCCUCGAGUGGGAUCUUCAAUCCAAAGAAAGUACAAUUGCUGAUGACUCAGAUCAAGUUGAAGAGCACAACAGCGUUAGUAAACUGAAGAGCAUGCCUGAAUCAGGAGGGAGUGUUUCGCUUGAAGAGUGCUUUCAGCUCUACACGCGAGCUGAAGUUUUAGCUGCUGAAGACGCAUGGCACUGUCCUCACUGUGAUUUGAAACAGGAAGUUGUCAAAGAACUUGGGUUAUGGUCCCUACCAGAUAUUCUGGUUGUGCAUCUGAAACGGUUUAAGCAAACUGCUGGAGGAAAGCCACCUGUAACCACACGGCCUCCUAUCAAAUUAACCACACUGGUAGACUUUCCUUUGUACGGAUUUGACAUGACCCCGCACCUUGCUGGUGGACAUUGCACAUCACCAACUCCUGCUCUGUGGUCGUCAUGGAAAAGGCCAAAGCACUCUUACCGUCAUGAUGACAAUGUUUACGACUUGUAUGCCGUUUGUAACCAUCACGGUGACGAUUUGCAAGGUGGUCAUUAUACUGCAUAUUGCCGAAACCCUUACGAUGCUCAAUGGUACUGCUUUGAUGAUGCCAGAGUAACUCAAGUUCAGGAGACUGAUUUGCUGACACCGAGCGCUUACAUUCUUUUCUACCAACGACGCGGCCUAAUAACGUCCUCAUCUAGUUCAAGCACUGGUUCUUCCGGCGGAGAACAUUGGGCUGCAAGACUACCAUCUGUUGUUAUGGAACAAAGUAAAUCAACAGAAGACUUAAGAGAAGGAAAGAAGGAUUUUCCUCGAAAUGACAGAGCAUAUGCAACCCUCCAACCUCAAUCAAAGAGAACUUCUAUCGAUGUGGAAUCCUCUAACAAUCACUCUAACUCUACAAAAUCCAUCCCAUCUGCUGUAACAGAUGUAAAACAGAAUUGGUGACCUGGUGAGAUGCAUGACAUCCUGACUAGAUUGAUUUUGACUCUAUCAAAUCGACAGGAAUUAGGCUGUUUGGCAAUGAUUGCCAGGUUUUUAGCCUAGACAUGAGCGUUCUCAAUCAGUGUUCUCUGUGAUAUUUUCGAUAUCACUCAUUGUGAUAAUUUUUUUUCUGAACCUCACAUGUUAGGUGUAACAAUGUAAAUAAGUUUUCCAUAUUCAAGAAGUUUAUAUUUUUUUAUUUACCCUUAUGAGUCACAUUAUUAUUUAACCAUGCAAUAUAUCUUAAAUUUGCACUUUUGUCUCUUGAAAAAGCAUAGCUUUUACUACCAUUACCAUCAGCGCACGAAAAGUUAUCUUGACUAUUCUAAAAAAAUUGCGCCAUAAUGCCACUCUAAGUACAUUGUGUCAGCUUGUUGCUGUGGUCACUCUUCUUAAAAAAAUUUAGCUCCCAAAAUUUGUAUAAUACCCUUCAAAAGUAAAUAUUUCAUUACAUUUUAUCGUAUUGCGGUUUUUAAUAAAACUCAAUCUUAGUUUGAAUUGUCCCAACUUUUGAAAAAGCAACAGUUUUUUUUGUAGCUUUACCAAGGAACUGGAAAAAUACGCCUCAGUGUUUUUCUCUCAUUACUUGUUUAAUGUUGAUUUUACUUCUAUUUCAACAUCAUUUGUCAAGUUCCUCUAAAAGUACAUGUGUUUCCAUAAUUUUUUCCCCUCUAUCUAUAAUCCAAUCAAAUCAAAAUUAUAAUCAAGAUUAUUUUUCUUGUUUACUUCCCUUCAAUUCAAAAUCUCAAAAAAGUCACAAUUUUUGGUACUAAAUGGAGAAUUUAUACAAAACAAAUAAGUAUGCAUUAUUUAUCUGUUUAUCUAUUCUCUCUCAUGUUUCCUGCUCAAUUAGUUUCUAAAAAAUUAUCCCCUUUUAACGUCAACUAUAUCUUUUAUUGUGGCAUCUUCAACUUUGGAAGGUCGGCAAUAAUUUAUUUUAUUAUAGUCCUUCCUCUCCAUUGUAUCCCAAUGAUAUCGUAACCCUUAGCUGAAAAAUUCUCAACUCAACAUUCCUUCCUUACCUAUUAAGAAACUUAUCCUUUUGCCAAAUCACAUAAGACUUAUAGACUUCUUUUCUCCAAAAUAUCCAUCUAUUUAACUAUGCAAUUAUGCAUGACUCCUUUCAUUUAACUAAAAACAUUUUUUACCUUUUAUGAAUGAUAGUUUUUAAUUUUUAUAUUGCUCUGAUUAGAAAAUUUUUUACCCAAAACUUCCUUUUUUCAUUUUUUUUUGUGUAUUUUUAUUAAAAAUUAAUAACUAGCCACUUGCCUCUGUAUCAUUACUUCUGUUUUCUUCUAUUCAUCACACCUUUCUCAUAUCUUGGGUCUUGUAAAAAGUGUUAGAGAAUCGCUGACAUUUCUUGAAUCGGCCUAUCAGUAGUUUUAUGAAGCCCUAUUCUAUCACCCUCUGAUGGUAGCAGAUUUUUUUUUCAAAAGAAUUCUGCAUCUGUUAAUAGCAAAGUACAAUUCUUUCUUUUCAAUGUCUCUGAGAUGUCCAAGGCUGUUAUGCUGAGAUGUCUACUUCAGAAACUGAGCAUGUACCCAUUUUAUCUUCUCGUUUUGUUUGAUAGUGUAAUUUUCCCCUUCAAAGUUAUCAUUUGACUGUAAUUGCCUCCUUAUGGCAGAAAAAGUAUCUCUUUGGGGUCAUAGUCAUGGAUAUUAAAAUCAGUGCAAAGUCAUUAAGUUCUGUUACUUUUGGUAGUUACAUCUUUUUUCUUAUUUUCAAAAUAAGUACAGAAAUGAGAACUCUAACAUGGUGUUCGUGUUCACUUGAAACUAGUGAGAAAAUAUUUUUUUUAGGCCAAAAGUUUUAAUAAUUUAUGGGAGCAUUGUAAACAUUUGCCUCUUCUGUAUCAUUGUUUUCUAUAAUUUUGAUUUUUAUGCAAAGACAACUUAGUUCAACAAGUUCUGCCACACUGUGAAUUCCAUCAUAUUUGCGUGUGUUUACUUUUCUUUACAAGUAGUGAUAUUGUUAAAUCACUUAAAUCUCUACAAUGCAGGUUUCUUCGAAAGUUCAUAAAUUUAUGACCUGUGGGUAGAGUGAAUUCAUUUUGUUUAAAACUGGAUAAGAGUACUUAGCCAGGUUUAUGUGUCGUCCAGUUGCCGAACGGAGCAUUUAUUCAACAGUGUUCAAAUUUUGGUCAAGUAAUGAUUCUGUUAUGUUUAAUAGUGUGUUUCAAUUUCAUCUUGAGAGCAUAUUUCAUAUCUUGAAUGAGGUUGGACUCUUUAUGUAUGUCUCUUUCUUUGUUUAAUAACCUGUCACAAUUGUAAAUUUCUCUUUCACAUAUUUUUUUCAUCCUGCUUUUCUUUUUUAUCUGUUUCUUGAACAAAAGAACCCUGUUAAAAAAUGACUCAAUAGGAAUUUUGUUUUAUUUCUCUGUUAUAAUAAAGCUUAUUUAUUUUUAAA